UACGAGACGUUGGCCAUCACUCAGAGCGUCAUCUUCGUCAACACUCGUCGCAAGGUGGACUGGCUCACGGAUAAAAUGAGGAGCCGUGACCAUACGGUGUGGGCGACUCACGGAGACAUGGACCAGAACACUAGAGACAUUAUCAUGAGAGAGUUCAGGUCUGGCUCUUCGCGUGUGCUGAUCACGACCGAUCUCUUGGCUCGUGGGAUUGAUGUGCAGCAAGUGUCUUUGGUUAUUAACUUUGAUCUGCCGACUCAGCCUGAGAACUACCUUCACCGUAUUGGUAGGAGUGGGAGGUUUGGGAGGAAAGGUGUGGCGAUUAACUUUGUGACCAAGGACGAUGAGAGGAUGCUUUUUGAUAUUCAGAAGUUUUACAAUGUGGUUGUUGAGGAGCUUCCAUCAAACGUAGCCGAUCUUCUUUGAAGAAGAGGAAGAAAAGGUUACUUGGUUUGCAAGUUUCGUAUUUGAUUUUUGACCCCUCUCUCUCUCUUUCUGAAUCAUCUCGAGACCAGUUUUUCAUUUUUUUUUUCUAGUAUUCAACCAACUCUUUCGAACAUAUGUUGUUUCUUUUUACCAUUUUUCUUUUUUAAUAUCAUGCAAUGUUUACCUAA